GAAGGAAAAAAAAGAGAAAAUGUUGAUUUAUAACUUUCCACACAACUUCUUGUAUAUUAAACAAUUAGACACAAUAUGGCCUCUGCUCUUUCUUGGACUGAAUUGUGUUAUAUCAAAGCAUCAAGGUGGUCAGCUUGCCCGAGAACCACAAACAACUACAGCAACAGUUGGAAGUGCAGUUACAUUGUUUUGCACCCUUACUGCUGAUCAGGUGGCUCAAGGAUGGACCAUCACAUGGAAGGAAGGGGAGGAUUUCAUAUAUAUUGGUAGUACUGGGGCAAAUUAUAACCCAACCAAAUACACCGUUUCGGGAAACGCCAAUCUUCAGAUCAAUGAUGUCACAACAGAGGAUGCUGGUGUUUAUCAGUGUCGUGUUUAUCCUAAGGGAGGCACACCACCCUUUGACAAAACUGCACAACUCAAUAUCAUUAAUUCAGGUGGUCAGCUUGCCAUAGAACCACAAACAACUACAGCAACAGUUGGAAGUACAGUGACAUUGUUUUGCACCCUUACUGCUGAUCAGGUGGCUCAAGGAUGGACCAUUACAUGGAAGGAAGGGGAUGAUUUCAUUUAUGUGGGUAGUACUGGAGUAAAUUCUAACCCAACCAAAUACACCAUUUCGGGAAAUGCCAAUCUUCAGAUCAAUGAUGUCACAACAGAGGAUGCUGGUGUUUAUCAGUGUCGUGUUUAUCCUAAGGGAGGCACACCACCCUUUGACAAAACUGCAAAACUCAAUAUUAUUAAUUCAGGUGGUCAGCUUGCCCGAGAACUACAAACAACUACUACUACAUCAACAACAACAAUUUCAAGAACAACAACAACCACAACACCAACCACCAGCAGCCAUUCUAGCUCUAACAUUACUGCAAAUGCACUGUAUACAAAAUCAGGUCUUCAUAUUACUGAAUUGUUGCUCUACAUCGUGGUCCCAGGAAUCGUUGCUGUUGUCAUAACAUUCAUUCUGUUGGGACUAUGGUACAAGUGUUGCUAUAAACGAAGUAACAACAAGAGAUAUGAGGCAGUAAAUGUUGAUUCCCUCCAAGUGACCAGCAAUUGAUGGAACUUCAGCAUACAAUACCUGAUCAUAUUGUUAGAAAUGAUGGUGGACAUGAAUACGAAGCUUUGUUUGUGCCAAGUACAAAAACAAUAUGAUGACCAAGAAUUGUUGACAAUGUACACUUGGAAAGAGUAGGACAUAUUUAGAGACUUUAAAUCAAAAUGUCACAUUCGGGCGAGUACUAACUAACAAAUGACAAAUAUUGCUGUUAAAUAAGCCCAACUCCAUCAUGUUUCUACGUUGUGAAGUAGCAAAAAAUGCUAAGAAUUUUGAAUGCAGACUAUUGAUGCGUAUACCAAUAUUACACAUUUGUCAUAAGCAUUUAAUUGCCUCCACCUUGCUGCUUGUAUCAAUUUUCGAUUAAAGUUUAAAUUUUAGAUAUUUUAUCUCUGUAACUGUUUUCUGAUUAAUUAGCAAACAA